AUGGCAGAAUCAGAGAAACCUUGCAAUCUCCAUGUGGACUACGUGAUCCGCUACAGCUUUGGAAAUGCUGAGAAAUCGCAGGCGAUUGCACAGCUAGAGAAGCUGCUCCAGUCCCUCGCCCAGGCCGGUCUCCAGGCAGAGAUUCGCCAGGGUGACGAGUCUUCGCUACUUGUCUUUGUUCGAGCUUCCGAGAAGCGUCUGGGACGGGCGGUCUAUCGGUCGCGUGUUCGCGACUGGCUUUACGGUAUCCGCAAUGCCGAACCUACUUCUUCCAACUCGACCGAGACUCAAACUGAGGCUGAGCGCCUGCGGGUCGUUCACCAGAUGAUUACUCACGGCAAGGAAGAGGGCGGCGCCGGAAUUACUCCCAAUCACGGCGAGUGGGAGAAUGUCACUGCUAUCUUCCCAUUGCAUGAUAUUGAAACCAACAACACGUGGAUGCGAGAGUGGAGCAAAAAGACAUUCCUCUCCGAGGACGACCUGGACCAGAUUCGUAACAAGUUUGGAGAAAGUGUUGGAUUCUACUUCUCAUUCUUGCAGUCAUAUUUCCGAUUUUUGAUAUUCCCAGCCGUUUUUGGAUUCUCCUGUUGGUUCCUGUUGGGUGGUUUCUCGCUCAUUUACACUGCAGUCAACUGUCUUUGGUGUAUCAUCUUUGUGGAGUACUGGAAGCGCCAGGAGGUUGAUUUGAGCUGCAGAUGGGAGACAAAGAAUGUGUCAGUUGUCCGAACCAAUCGCCGCGAGUUCAAGCCCGAGAAGGAAAUUGUUGAUGAAGGGACCGGCGAGAAGCGUGGUGUUUUCCCAGCUACCAAGCGCAUGCAGAGACAGCUUCUGCAGAUUCCCUUUGCUUUGCUUGCAGCCGUUGCUUUGGGCGCUAUCAUUGCGACCUGCUUUGCCAUCGAGAUAUUCAUCUCGGAGCUGUACAAUGGUCCGCUGAAGACCUAUCUGAUCUUCAUUCCGACCAUUCUUGUGUCAGCUUUGGUGCCUACAAUGAGCGCCAUUCUAACGUCAAUCGCGACCAAGAUCAAUGAUUAUGAGAACCAUGAGACAAAGGAUGCGUAUGAUGUCGCGCUUACACAAAAGGUCUUCGUGAUCAACUUCAUCACUUCGUACCUUCCAAUCUUUUUGACAGCCUUCAUUUACGUGCCAUUCGCAAGUCGCAUUGUGCCCUAUCUGGAUGUUUUCCACUUGACCGUCCGGCCUUUCGUGUCCAAGGAGCACGCAGUCGCGAAACAAUCGCACUUCCAGAUUGAUCCUGCUCGUCUGCGAAACCAGGUUAUCUACUUCACCGUGACAGCCCAGAUCGUUGGCUUUGCGAUGGAAACAAUUGUGCCGUAUAUCAAGCAGCACGCCAUGCGCAAAUACAAGAAGUACAACCAAGAGCGCAAUGGCAAAUUGGAAAGAAAUGGCGAUAAAGAGUCACCCGAGAGACCUGUUGUGGUCUUCGACGACCCUGCCGAGGAAGUGCAAUUCCUUACACGCGUCCGAAACGAGGUCGAGUUAUCUGAGUACGAUGUGACAGAUGAUCUUCGUGAAAUGUGUAUUCAGUUUGGAUACUUGGCUCUAUUCUCGCCUACUUGGCCCCUUGUUCCACUCUCAUUCUUUGUGAACAACUGGAUUGAGCUGCGUUCGGACUUCUUCAAGAUUUGCAUGGAGUUCCGUCGCCCUGUGCCACUGCGCACUGACACCAUCGGCCCGUGGUUGGACAGUCUGAGCUUUCUCUCUUGGGUUGGUAGUAUUACCAGCGCUGCGUUGGUUUACAUGUUCAGCGACAACGCACAGCAUGGACCAAACGGCGAGCCAACGGAGAUCAAGGGCUGGGCGCUCCUUUUGACCAUCUUUUUCUCAGAGCACCUAUACUUGAUUGUUCGCUACGCUGUGCGGGCCGCCAUGGCCAGAAUUGAGCCCCCUAACUCCAGGAAAGAGCGCGCUGAUCGGUAUCUCAUGCGCAAGCGUUAUCUUGAAUCUACUCCCGGCGCAGAGGCCGACGAGGGUCAAGAUGAAGAGGAGCUUGCAUCCCAAUCCGAGGCACCUGAAAUCUCGCGCACCUCUCUGGAAGACGAUGCCCGAAAAGCAUCCUUGCACGGUGCUGACCCCGCUGCACGCUUCUGGUUACACCAGCGUGGCUGGACGGAGUCAGCGCAGGUCGGUGCUGGUAUCAUUCAAGCCCAGCCGGUCCGUGGCAGUGUGAAGAAGCAACAAUAG